AUCAUUUCAUUCGCAUCAUCACACUUCAUCACAUCCUUGUCUAAGCUCUGAGAGAGGCGGUGGGACCGUCCAUCAGAUUUCUAUGAACUCUGCUUCAAGCUUUUCACUACCAAUCCGGAAUAUAUUCGUCAAGUCCGAUUAGACUGCAAAAAUAAUCGUUUGAAUUUAAGCUUCCACAUUCCGCCGGAACAUUUUAUUCAAUAUAAAGGGAACGAUGAAAAGUGUUAGUCGCGCAAUCUGAUCUCGCUCAUCACGCAGUGACCUACCAAGCAUCAUUCCGACGUUCGUCCGCGAGACUCGUCAUCGCCAUGGAAGUCUACCUCAUAAUCGCCUCCAUCUCGGCUGCUUUAACCCUGGGGAUCGUUCUCACUGUCCUCGUCUGCGUGUGCUACAUUAAAACGCCUGGGAAGAUGAGAAAGGAUAAAGAAAGCGAGAGUGAUUUCGAAGCGCAUCCUCCAUUGUUUCUUAGCGAACCACCAAACUCAGACGAUGACUUCACACCGGGAAUGAAACUCCCGCCUUUUAGACGAUUUGAUAGUUCUAUUGACGGGUCAGAAUCAACGACUUCCUCUUCCACGCCUCCUCUAUCUCUUUAUCCCGCAAGCUUUACCAUACCCCGAGCACCUUCGAGCACCAUAAGUGAUCUAUCCAUCGAGAAGGCACAGCCACCAGUCAGCCCAAGGACGCCCUCUAUGAGUAGAAAACUUGAUCCAUCCCAACUCGACCCAAGCUCUCACAUGUACAAAGAAAUGUCGUCUCCACCUCGGAAAAUAUCCCAGGAAGGGCCCCCGUUAGGCAUCAUGAACUUCUCUCUAAAAUACAACUCUGAGAUGGGUCUACUAACAGUAAGACUGAUCCAAGCUCGUAAUCUUCAGCCUAGAGAUUUUAGCGGGACGGCCGAUCCUUACUGCAAAGUGUGCGUUUUACCACAUGCAUCUAAAACGUUACAAAGCAAGGUUCACCGGAAAACGGUAUUCCCGGAAUUUCGGGAAAGUUUCGUCUUUGAGAUACCCGAACUAGAUAUACAUCGGCAGACGGUGCGUGUUUAUUUGAACGAUUACGAUCAAUUCUCGCGGGACGAGUGUAUUGGUAUCGUCGACCUACCCUUGGCGCACGUGGAUCUGACUGAGAAACUGGAGGUGUGGAAAGGAAUCCGGACCCCGCCUUCUGUAUGCACUACUCUGUGCCCGUCUCAUAUUCUUGGUGAUCUGAUGUUCUCUCUGUCCUACCUGCCAAGUGCUGAACGUCUUACAGUGGUCAUUCUUAAAGCAAGGAACCUACGCACCGUCAACACCGCCGAGGGAAAGCAAACUGCUGAUCCAUACGUGAAGGUUUCAAUUUUCUACAUGAGUAAGCGACUGAAGAAGAAGAAGACUUCGACACAGCAUGGAACGCGAUCUCCUGUAUUCAAUGAGGCACUCGUCUUCAAUGUCGACACGGACUUCUUACAGCAUCUUACAAUCGAGUUUCAGGUCAUCCACGAGAACAGAUUCGGACAAAACGAGGUUUUGGGUAAAGCCGUGGUUGGGCCAGGUACUGGAGGGGAAGAGCUGGCUCACUGGAAUGACAUGAUUCGGUCCGGUAACAAACCUGUGGCUAGCUGGCACUGUCUUCUACCAUGAGCUCCCAUUGUGGAAUGAUGGCAUAUUGAUUUCCAACCAAUCACUUUUUGUGAUUAUGAUACGUCACAGUCAACUGACCAAUCAGGAUGUCGUGUUUUGGCGUUCACUGGCUACGAAAGAGAUCACUGAUGAUGCUCAUCUGCACCACUGAUCUGUUAUAUUACAGUUCAGUGAUCUGCACUGACUUAUCAUGUUUCCAACACUUCUUUGCACGUGACUGAUAGCACCUCACAGUUUCGAACAUUGACAUUGUUUCCAUGGUUACUGUGGUUCGUGAACUUUGUGAAAUGUCAUCGUCAACUUUGAUAGCAAAAAAGGGCCAAUCGUUGCUGCGGAUCAUUGACGUGAUCGAAGACUAUCCGAACAAUCUGACACUGGUAUGAUAAUAGGGCAAGAAUAAUGACAAGAACGCAUUAUGCAGAAUAUACGGCACCAUAUUGCAUGGAUGCAGGACUGACAUAGUCAUUUGUGGAUUUUCUAAAACAGUGACUACAAGUCACCUUAAUGUCAGAGAGAGAAAAUGGAAUAUGAAGGGUCGAUCGAUGUAUUCAUUAUUUUUGUGUUUGCGCACGACACACCAAAAAUGGCGAUGCAGCACCUUUGACCUAGGUGACGUCGAAGGAAUUAUUGAGCCUUAAAUGGAAAGCGUUGUUGUUUAAUCCUCAAGCAUGGAUCAAGAGAAGAUAAAUGUAGGCUGUAAGAAGGGGAUAACCGUGGUAGGUAACGAUCCUCAGCACGAUGCUAUACAGACAUUUUGACUUAUACAUUGAUUGAUUGUUUUUUUUUAAUGACAUCAAACUCAGCAAAAGCAGCGAUUUUGAGAGGUUACCUUUAUCCGUCUUCAUGGUAAUUUCGCUUGUGAAAAGGGUCAUCAGGUGAUAAAAUUUGCCUAAUGGAGAUUGUUUCAAAACGUUAGCCUUUCACAAAAUGUCUCGACAUUUCUUGACAAUCUUUAAAAUACUCCACAGUGAGUUGAAAAGAUCCGACAACGGCUAUUGAUGAGUAUACAAUGUCUGCUUUGAAAGUCGACACAUAUUAUUUAUUUUUAUGAAGCAUUUUUUCUCCACUGGAUGGAAACCAUUUUGAGAGUAGCCCUAUACUAUAUUUACUGUGGUUGUAAUUCAUUGUCGAAUCUAUUAAUGGCGUUGCUUGAUUACGAACUUGGUAUUAGCAAACGUUUCUAAUCUUCAUUUGCAUUGUGCUGCUGGUGCCGAAUUAAAGAUUAUGAGAUUGAAUGAUUUUUGUUAAAUAGCAGGGCACGUCUUACAAAGAAUUGCGAUUGAUCUGAUUAAUGGAAACUAUGGAAAGCCAGCAACGUCAACAUCUCAAAUGCAUGUUUAAUCAAAAUAUUUUUCUAGGUAUGAUGUAUAAUUCACACAUUCAUCGUUUUCUUGACAAUGCAGUGUGCUUAUCUUUGUUCACAAAGUACAUUUUGCACAUUUUCUGAAGACAAAAUUAUGAUGUGGAUAGAUUUCCAUAUAGUUGAGGACGAUCGGAUCAAUAAGAUAGCUCUUUGUAAGACGUGGCCCAUAAUGUUUAUCAUAUUAUGCUGCAGUAGCAGGUAACUGGUAAAAAACACAUUGGAUCAGUAUGGGGUCGUGUCAUAGACACUUACACACUAUAAAAAUGACGUGUUCAAUCAAUAUUUGGAAGGUUCUAGGAGUGAAAACCUAUUCCAAAUGUUCCAAAAAAGUACUAAAUGUGUUAUAAUAUUAUUGAAGGAGGGUUAACUAUUCGAUAUUCGUUAUUAAUAACUGCUAACUACUCAGUAGUGACAGGAAUAGAAGGAGAUGGGAACAGCUCGGGGAUGAAAGCGGACAAAAUAAUUGGGGCCAAAAACUGAAGGGAAAUAUCUGAAAAGGGGAAUACCGGGGAAAUAAGAGGUAAUUAUUUUGAUAAUACAAAAUGAGCACAGGAAAAGAUUGCUGAAUUAACGGAUUUUGAAAUCACCUAAUUGAAAUAUUAAAGGCAGAAUGAUCCUUAUGAUGUAACCUUAAAGAUUUAAAUAUUUUAAAAGAAUAGUACCAUUCAAAUCGGAUAUACUCAGAUUGUUAAAAUAUGACAUCAUUUGGGGCUAACCUCGAUUAGCAUCUUGCUAUUAUGUUAGCUCCAA